CCCCACAUUAGUAAGGCCCAGCACGGGUCUCCCCCUCUUCCUUCUCUCCUGCCUCCUCCACUCCCAAAUCCGGCUGGGAGAGUCCCGGCGCCUCCGCCAUCUCGCCGGCAGCCGGCUCUCCCCCCCACCCCUACCCAAGCCCUCCUCCUCGCCCGACUGGGCCGGAGAUCCGUCCGGAGCCGGAGUCGAUUUCCGCUGCUGAAAGAUGAUAAACCUUUUUAAGAUCAAGGGACAGAGGAAGGAAGAGGCAGCAAACUCAAAUGGGGGUCCUCCUGUUAAGAAGCAAAGUCCAGGGGAAUUACGUCUCCAUAAAGAUAUUGCUGAGCUUAACCUUCCAAAGACAACAAAAAUCUCCUUCCCAAAUGGAAAGGAUGAUCUCAUGAACUUUGAAGCUACUCUACGACCUGAUGAAGGAUACUAUUUAGGUGGGGCAUUUACUUUCACCUUCCAUGUAUCUGCUUCCUACCCUCAUGAAGCUCCGAAGGUCAAGUGUAAGACUAAGGUUUAUCAUCCUAACAUUGACCUAGAAGGAAAUGUCUGCCUGAACAUUCUGCGUGAAGACUGGAAGCCUGUCUUGAAUAUCAACACCAUAAUAUAUGGUUUAAACCUUCUUUUCUCACAACCUAAUGAUGAGGAUCCCUUGAACCAUGAAGCUGCGGCUGUCCUCCGAGACAACCCAACAAAAUUCCAGAGAAAUGUCCAAAUGGCCAUGUCAGGAGGUUAUGUUGAUAACACCCAUUUCCCAAGGUGCAAGUAAUGCUUGCUAAGUGGUGCUCAGAUUCCUGCUUGUGCCCACCUACCCCUGAAUGCCCUUGCACAAUCUGAACCAUGUGGCAUUACCCAGGAAAUGUAUCACAUUUGUGUGAGAUGUGACUCUUAUUGUGCUUGUUUGGUGGAUGUACUGGAGUCAUGUAAGUUGAAGCAAAGCAUGGUAACACUAAGCAGCGAAAACUGGCCCUUAUUGAGCUGAAAAGUCAGCUGAUGUUCCAAAAGCAGCAACCGUCUGAAUUAUCUUGAUAAAAUGUUAUCUUAUGCUGCCA